UGCUGCCGGGGCCGUCGCGGGCCGGAGCGGUUGGGCUGGGGGCUGAGGGCUCGUGGCCAUGGAGUGGGGCUCGGAGCCGGCGGCCGUGAGGCGGCACCGCGUCGGCGGGGAGCGCCGGGACGGCGCGGCGGCCGCGCCCCAGCCCGGGGGGGAGGCCCAGGCGCCGCAGCCGCCGGCGGCCGCGGGCGGCGGCGGCGCGAGGACGCGGAAGCGGAGCGCGGGGGGCGACGCGAGCCGGGGCGCGGGGACCGGACUGCCGGAGGCGCGCGCCGCGCUGGCGCUGGCGCUCUACCUGCUCGCGCUGCGGGCGCUCGUGCACCUCUCGCUGCGGCAGCUCGUGCUGCGCGGGGCCGCCGGGCGCCCCGGGGAUUUCGACGCACGCCAAGCCAGGGAUUAUCUUGAACACAUCACAUCUGUUGGCCCCAGGACUACAGGAAGUCCAGAAAAUGAGAUUCUGACGGUCCGUUAUCUCUUGGAACAGAUUAAACUGAUUGAAGUUCAAAGCAGCAGCCUUCACAGGAUUUCAGUAGAUGUCCAACGGCCCACCGGCUCCUUUAGCAUCGACUUCCUGGGGGGCUUUACAAGCUACUAUGACAACAUCACCAAUGUGGUGGUAAAGCUGGAGCCCAGGGACGGGGCCCAGCACGCUGUCCUGGCGAACUGUCAUUUUGACUCCGUGGCCAACUCCCCGGGUGCCAGCGACGACGCCGUGAGCUGUUCGGUGAUGCUGGAGGUGCUCCGCGCCCUGUCGGCGUCUCCGGAAGCCCUGCAUCACGCUGUCAUAUUUCUCUUCAACGGUGCCGAGGAGAAUGUCUUACAAGCCAGUCAUGGUUUCAUAACACAGCACCCUUGGGCCGGCCUGAUUCGUGCCUUUAUUAACCUGGAGGCCGCGGGCGUGGGAGGGAAAGAGCUCGUGUUCCAAACAGGUCCUGAAAACCCGUGGCUGGUCCAGGCGUACGUUUCCGCCGCCAAACACCCGUUUGCGUCAGUGGUGGCCCAGGAGGUUUUUCAGAGUGGAAUCAUCCCUUCGGACACGGACUUCCGCAUCUACAGGGACUUCGGGAACAUUCCAGGCAUUGACUUGGCUUUUAUUGAGAAUGGGUACAUUUAUCACACCAAGUAUGACACGGCGGACAGAAUUCUAACAGAUUCCAUUCAGAGAGCAGGUGACAACAUCUUAGCCGUUCUUAAAUAUCUAGCUACAUCUGAUAUGUUGCCUUCUUCUUCAAAGUAUCGCCAUGGAAACAUGGUCUUCUUUGACGUGCUUGGCCUGUUUGUCAUCGCCUACCCCUCUCGUGUCGGCUCCAUAAUUAACUACAUGGUGGUAAUGGCGGUAGUGCUGUACUUGGGCAAGAAACUGUUGCAGCCCAAACACAAGACUGGUACCUACACGAAGGACUUCCUCUGCGGGCUCGGCAUCACUCUGGUGAGCUGGUUCACCAGCCUGGUCACCGUUCUCAUCAUAGCCGUGUUCAUCUCUCUCAUCGGACGGUCCCUCUCGUGGUAUAACCACUUCUACGUGUCCGUCUGUCUGUACGGAACUGUAGCCGCAGCCAAAAUCAUCCUCAUCCACACCCUCGCAAAACGAUUUUACUACAUGAAUGCCAGCGACCGGUAUCUGGGAGAAGUAUUCUUCGACAUCUCGCUGUUUGUGCAUUGUGUUUCCCUUACGGCGCUCACGUAUCAAGGACUUUGCUCGGCGUUUAUUAGUGCUGUCUGGGUGGCGUUUCCCUUGCUCACCAGGCUUUGCAUGCACAAGGACUUUAAGCAGCAUGGUGCCCAAGGAAAGUUUAUUGCCUUGUACUUCUUGGGGAUGUUUAUUCCUUAUCUUUACGCACUGUACCUCAUCUGGGCGGUAUUCGAGAUGUUUACCCCCAUCCUCGGGAGGAGUGGUACGGAAAUCCCACCUGACGUUGUGCUGGCUUCCAUUUUGGCUGGUUGUACGAUGAUCCUGUCUUCCUAUUUUAUUAACUUCAUCUACCUUGCCAGAAGCACGAAAAGAACCAUGCUGGUGUUAACUGUGGUGUGUGCCGUUACGUUUCUCCUCGUUUGCGGUGGGGCGUUCUUCCCGUACAGCUCGCAUCCGGCCAGCCCGAAGCCGAAGAGGGUGUUUCUGCAGCAUGUGACUAGAACAUUUCAUGACCUGGACGGAAACAUAGUCAAGCGGGACUCUGGAAUCUGGAUCAACGGGUUUGAUUACACUGGGAUGUCUCACAUAACACCUCACAUCCCAGAGAUCAACGACAGCAUCCGAGCUCACUGUGAGGAGAACGCGCCCCUCUGUGGCUUCCCGUGGUACCUCCCGGUGCACUUUCUGAUCAGGAAAAACUGGUAUCUUCCUGCCCCAGAAGUUUCUCCAGGAAAUCCUGCUCAGUUCAGACUCGUGUCCAAAGAACAGACACCCUGGGAUUCUAUUAAGCUGACGUUUGAAGCAACAGGACCAAGCCACAUGUCAUUCUACAUUCGCACCCAUGAAGGGUCAACGCUUUCUCAGUGGUCUCUUGGCAACGGCACCCCAGUCACAAGUAAAGGCGGCGACUACUUCGUGUUCUACUCACAUGGGCUCCAGGCUUCUGCGUGGCAGUUCUGGAUAGAAGUGCAGGUCUUGGAAGAACGACCUGAAGGAAUGGUCACCGUGGCCAUUGCUGCCCAUUACCUUUCUGGUGAAGAUAAGAGAUCCUCCCAGCUGGAUGCUCUGAAAGAGAAGUUCCCAGACUGGACAUUUCCCUCAGCCUGGGUGUGCACCUACAGCCUCUUUGUGUUUUAAUCUUCUGGACAAGCUCGAAGUACAUGCCUGGAGGGAUACCUCGUGUGACGUGGUUUCUCCCUGCGUCACGUGGGUAUAUGUGAUGUAAGUCAGUGAUUUUUCAGAGCUUAGCGGACUGACACUCUUCAGGGCCAAGCACCGGAACAGUAGGGCUGUGGGUGGUGACGCAUAGCCCUUGUGACGCUUGAAAAACGCCGGUUUUCUGGCACUUAAGCACAUGUGGGUCCUACCACUACACAUGCAAGUCAUUUUCUAAGAACUUAAGGGUAAAAGCCAACAAACCACUUCAGUAGUUGUCCCCUUAGAAUCAUGAAAGGUGUAGAAGGUACCGUGAGCCCACUGUUGACUAGACAAAGGACGCUUCCAGUUGGAGCUGCGGACAGUAGCUCAGACGCCGUUCCCCGAGUGAGGACUCCCCUGCACCGGAACCCGGGGUGUAGAAGGCAGUUCCAGCAAGGGCUGGGGACGAGCAGCGGGCUUCCAGGGCCCGGGCUGGGCUGUGCCAAGAGCUCUGCUUCCUUAGGCGGCUACGCGAGUGUGCUGCACAUCCGCCCUAUAGCCCUGGCCCCGAGGUGGGGAGCUGUGCCGAGUCGGGGACUCAAGAACCAUCUUUGUGAUGCUUGUCUGAGGCUGCUCUUGAGGCCCGGGAUACCCUGUCCCUGUAGAGAGGGGCUGCACUUCCCACUGGGUUUUCGGAGGCUCUUCUGCUUCAGAAGGUUUGUCCUUAAUUCUGUCCCCUGAGCACGGAGUUCCUGGGGUGGGAAGAGAGCGUGGUGAGGAGAGGCUGGGCAUUUUAUAAAUGUUCCCUUCUGUUCUCCAAGGUUCGUGCUUUAGGGGUAAUUUUAUUGACGCACUGAGUCUUAGUUGGUCCUAAUAGUUGCUCGGCAGCUGUGCGGCACAGCCGGCCUUCCUGGGACUCGGGGCCCAGGACUCCGAGGUGCUUUUCAUUUAGAAGGUGGCCACGCGGCUGCCGAGGUGUCUCCGGCAGGGCCUCACGCAGCUGCUCGGCUGUGGCCCUGCAGGGGUUUGCUCAGAUGAGCAGUAAAUCUGGCUGGCCUUCCUUUUUCCAUUAUGAAAUUGAAGAAAUUGGACAGAUUCUGAGUUAAUCAAGCACCGGCCAAAAAGACACUUUAAAGAAAAGCUAUAGGGAAGUGAACAAGUGUCCCUCUGCUGCUCCCGCACAGAGCACUCCAAGUGCACGUUGCAGGCCGGAAUCCCUGGAGUCGCGGGUGUGCCAUGUGUGGUGGCCUUCCUCGGUCACAGCUUCUCCUGCCCCUAUGAUGCCCGGAACCCUGACACCGCCCCCGCCCUGCCCAGCACUGCCGGCCGGCACGUGCAUGCAUCCUCAGCCUUGUUGAAGCCGUGUAUUAGUCUCCGUGCUGCAAGAACCUGGCUCCUGCCCUGGUUGCCAAGCCAGGUGACUUCUGAAUCUGUCAGGUGGUAGUUAAGGUCUCCAGUGUUUAUAGCUUGUAUAGAAUCAGAGUUGUGUACAAAAGGUUAGAAA